AUGGCUUCUCAAGCUGAAUUAGAUGAUGCGUUGUCUCUAUCAAAUUCAAAUAAUCCUAAUCUGAAAUUAGUGAGCUUCUUGCUCACCGGCCCUAACUACCUCUCAUGGACUAGAUCUAUGUUACUGGCUCUUAGAGCAAAGGAGAAAAUGGGCUUUGUAACAGGUAAGAUUGCUAAAUCUCCUGUAGACUCACCGAUGCAUGAAAAAUGGUUAACUGUUGACUCUAUGGUCAUAUCUUGGAUACUGAAUGCAAUAUCCAGAGAAAUUGCUGAAGAAUUUCUAUUUGGUGAAGGUCAUGGACCUUUAUUCUUUCAAAUCAAAAAGGAAUUGGUGAAUAUUAGUCAAAGUACUUCUACUUUGGCUGCAUACUAUACAAAGCUGAAGAAAUGUUGGGAUGAAAUAUCAGUUUUAUGCUCUUUACCUAGUUGCAACUGUGGAGCAGCAAAGGCUUUGUCUAAGUUUGAAGAAAGAGAAAAAUUGAUUCAAUUCUUUAUGGGAUUAAAUCAUCAUUAUGAUCAUGUCAUAAAUCAAAUAUUGAUCAUGGAGCCAUUACCCUCUUCUACUAAGGCAUAUGCUAUGGUUUUAAACAUUGAAAGACAAAAUGAAAUUCAGAUAGCAUUUUCCCAGUUUACUGAAACAACAAUGGCUCUGGCUGUUCAAAGACCUUCUAGAUCUAGAAGAUUUACAAAUAUUGAUAACUCCAGGUAUAAUAACAAACCAAAAUCUGACAGAUUCUGUGAUUAUUGUCAGACAUCUGGGCACCUUAGAGAGAAGUGCUUAAAGCUUCAUGGCUAUCCAGAAUGA